AUGGAUUCUAUUAGGGACCGCAGCCAGGCGGUCCACCAAGCGGCAAUUGAGAUUGAACAGGAGAUGCAAAUGGUGACGGCGUUAAAGAGACUAUCCAUCGGGGGAAGUUACCGCGACCCAGACCUACCUUUUGAGGACGCGUUUCCCGCAACGCCCAAAAUGGAGUACCCGUACGAGUUUGAGGCCAGCGGUGAGGGCGACACGGUCAUAGAUACAGACAACUCUAUGUGGGUGCCCGCGAGUGCCCAUCCCCAGCUAUCGCCGAGCAAGUACAAGGCCCAUCUUGCUAACAAUAUCAAGGAUAUCGAGCGGCGUGUGAGCAACAUCGAGCGCAAAAACAGCAUGCAGUCGCAGUCGCGCUCCAGGCCGUCGUCCAUGUCUUUUGAGACGUCCUUCGACGCUCUGGAGGACAAGCGCAACAGCACGCCCUCAUUGAAGGACUUGACGGUGGAGCUAGAGAGUUUGUCCAUAAUCCGUGGAAUGGGUGCCACCGACGCCGUCACCCUCGCUCGGACCUUGUCAAGCAGCUCCACAGGCUACACCAAAGUCGAGAAGCAGGCGAUGAACGACAUGAACCAGUACCCGGAGUAUGAGCAGAACAUCUCCCAGCCGGGGAACGCAUACCGAGGCCAGCGACGCGAUGUAGAUGAGCACGGAAACGUCUCUCGCAGACCAAACAGACGGACCAAGAUCACGGAAAAACCGGGUAAGUUAAACGACUUGAGGCAAACCAUACAGAACGAUCCGUACUCGUUGGUCCCACAGAUGGAAACUCGCAAGAUCUGGCCCAAGGAGUACCAGAGGCAAAGGCCGAAUCAGCAAGGCCGUCAGAACCAGUAUGGGCUGCAAGAUGAAUUGAAUUUCCAGAACCGAUCAAAGGCCGGCCGUUCCCAGCACUCGCAUACAUAUAAGCAGAAUUACCAACAGCAUCCCCAGGCCCAGCAGGCAUCUUCUUUUCCUCUGCAGGGCUACAGACAGUACACUCACGAUCGUAUGCCGCAGGAGGGCCGUACUCCCCAACUAAGACCACAGCAGCAGCGCGCUCCCAAUGAUCACAACUAUAGGCGUUCACGUGCACAGGGAACUCCUGGCGAUCAGUAUGGCCGCUCUCAAGGUCCCGGCGAUGAUUAUGUCCGCUCGCAGCCACCCCAGCUGCAGCGUCCGGUAACACCACAGCGUGCGACAUCACCCCCAGCCGAAGAACGAACAAACUACUACCAGCGCAAGCAUUUCCAGCAGCAGUACGGGCAAACCACGGCUGAGCGCCAAGUUUUCAAGCGAGACUUAAACAAUGACUUGGAUCUCUUAAAGAACGAGUUGAACGAGUACAAAAACAACAUCCGCGACGAAAAGGUAGACGAGGAGGACUUGCUAGCGGAUAUCAGAACGGUCGAAACGCUCCACGACUCUGGGAUUGAUGACUCUCUGGAGGACGAGGCGUUCGGACACAAUGCCGACUACAGCAGUGAUGACGAAGUGGCCAACCUUGCGUAUUCUAGCACGGAUAGGUUGCCUCUCAUGGGCAUUGCCAACGGUGCCACCGAUAAAAUCAUGGGUGUCACCAAAGGAUACAGCGAUCUGGACACCCAUCGGGCGCUGAGCGGUGGCAAGAUAGGAUACAGCUCCAAUACCACUGCGCCAGUCUUGGAGCCCAUUUCACCACAGAAGACUACGUCAAAGUCUGAUGUCCCGGUGACGAUGAAAGGCUCAAAGUCCUACAACGAUGUGACUGCAUCAAAGUUAGCACCUAUAGCGAAAAAGCAGUCGUUGGACUACCAACCUUCGGACGGUAUGGUCACCACGCCCACUCAAGCAACAUUUCUGGGAGCUAAAACUCCUACGCAAUCAGCGUAUGGUGAGGUUAUGACCCCCACCCAAUCAACGUUUGGUGAGGCUAUGACCCCCACCCAAUCAACAUUUGCUGAGGCUAAAACCCCCACCCAAUCAUUAUCGGAAACUAUUCCGGCGCCUUCUGCUGACUUGAAAAAGCUCAAGAAGAAGAAGUCGUUUGGCUUGCUCACCAAGUCGGACGACAAAACUCCAAAGCUCAAGAGCAAAAAGUCGUGGACCUGGCUCAACAGCAAGGUUUCCGCGUCCAAGGAGCCGGUCCCACCUCUACCAAGCCUUCUGAAACGUGCCGCAUCGGCAUCUGUGGUCGCGGGCAACCAUUCCAGACAACGCAAUAACGCAAUGUCGUCAGAAGAGUUAAACAUAGUUAAGGGGGCGCGAAGUACGUCCUUGGAUGCGUCACCUAAGCCAACCACCAGGGAGGCAGACGUCAUCGCAGAGGAAAAGCCGGAGAAUGCCAUUGCCAAGUUCUUUAAAAUAAAGAAGGAAAAGAAACCGGCGCAGCUGGCAACUCCACCUGCCAGCUCGGAUGACUCCGUCACGAAGAGCCCGAAGAAAAAGACGGGGCUCAACAUAUUUUUGAGCAAGAAAAAGUCCAAGAGGUCGUUGGUCCCGGCCUCGCCACUGUUUGAGGAGUCCAAAGCCACAACCUCUGAGGAGAAGCUGGUGCGGAAGCUCUCUAAAAAGUCUGUCAAGUCGGUGAAUGAGGAACCGGCGAAGGUCUCACCCAAGAGCCAGACCGAGCCGGAGACCGAAGAGGAAGCGGUGGCACCAGCCGUAUCCACCCAGACGAUCCAGGAACAGUUACAAAAGCAGAUCAAGCGUUAUUCGCGUCCCAACCAGCCGAUUGAGUUCACCGACUCGGCGUUUGGCUUCCCGUUGCCGCCACCAUCACAGUCAACGCUCAUCAUGUUGGACUACCGCUUCCCGGUCCACGUGGAGCGCGCAAUUUACCGCUUAUCUCAUUUGAAGCUCGCCAAUCCGAAGCGGUCCUUGCGCGAACAGGUGCUUCUCUCCAAUUUCAUGUACGCCUACUUGAACUUAGUCAACCACACGUUGUACUUGCUGCAGUCUGACGGCUCCGAGACUUUAGAUGGUGACCAGCCGCUCUUUACCAAUCUAGGCGAGGAAGCGGACCAGGACACCAUCUUGGAGGUCCCCACAGAGACACUUGAGCUUGACGAGGGUCUCGAGCAGGCCAUUCCCGAUUUAUAG